AUGAAUUUUAGUGUUACGAGACGAAUAAUUAUCAAUUGGCGAUCAGCUAAUAAUGAUAAAAUGAGGGCAGAAUUCGUUAAACAACAUAAUGUCGGAACAUAUGAUGAAAUUAAUAGUGAACGAGACCCGGAACGAAAGAAAGAGAUGAUAGACGGCUAUGUUAAUCAAAAUCGGAGUGAAUACAAAGCAUGGGGCGGGUUGAAGAAUGAAAAUAUUGAGGAGUUUAAAAACAUGUUUCUUAAUGAUAUGGACCAUAAAUACAAUAGUUGGCGACGCAAACUCAGCCCUUUUUCUUUGUUGCUAAAUUCGGCUUAUUUGAAAUUUGCCGAAGUUCUUAUUGAAAAGCUUGGGAAGAAGGUAAAAUUGAAUAAUUCUAAUAUCAUUAUAAAUUCGAGUAAGAUACAGACCAGGGUUGCCGCGGGUACAAAAAAUCUUCGGGUACGGGUUUCGGGUAUCGGGCUGGAGCGUUUUCAUUUUGGGUCACGGGUUUCGGGUUGA